GAAGUGGGUUGAUAUCGUCGCCCCUGAUGUUAUUUGUGACGUCAUCGGAGGUGUGUUCUGAUUCCGAACGGAGCAGCUGAAAAAUGGACGAGAAAGAAGAAAAUCUCGGCUCAUUUGACCCAAACAUACCAGAGGAGGGACCGUCGGCGCCCCCUCCUGGCUGGUUGGAGGACAUUCACGGGUAUCAGGGUCCCAACAAAGAAGGUCCAGAGGACGAUGAGCCGCUGUACCCACCUCCCCCCGCCUACAACCCCCAACCUGAGCUGAACAGGAGCACCUCGGUCCCCACCGUCAGGGUCCCAUCGGUGUCGGAGGACGUGGCCCGGGACGCUCUGCUCAAGUUCGUGGAGUCCAAAUGGAAGUACAGCUCCAAACCGGCCCGAAACCUCACCUUCAAGGACCUGAAACCCGUCACCGUGUACCGGUACCGACUGGAGACCUACACCGAGACCAGAACCAGCGCCUGGCAGUUUGAGCCCUACAACGGUCAGCCGGUGGACGGUCCUCAGCACGGCAUGAGUCCUCCUCCCUGGGACAUCCCGGUGUCGGUACCGCCCGUCUACACCGAUAAGGUGGAGAAGAUCCGAGUGCCGCACUCCUCAUUUGUGAAGAUGUGUCACAAGUGUCGAGGCUGUGGGAGAACUCGCUGCUCCGGCUGCUUCGGCCGAGGCAUGAAGCGGUGUACCUUCUGUCACGGCCACGGUCGAGCCAGGAACAAACGCUGCACUUCCUGUCACGGUCGAGGCCGCAAAAGGUGUUUGAGUUGCAGAGGCGACGGCUACAAAACCUGCUCUGUUUGUCACGGAGCUCAGAACCUGCUGCACUUCAUCCAGCUCACAGUCACCUGGAAGAACCACGUCAGUAAUUUCAUCCCGGACCGCCAGCCUGACUUCCCUGACAGGAAGUUUGAGAAAGUUUCAGGAGAUCCUUUCUUCAUCGAUGAGAACGUGCUGGUGUAUCCCAUCCAGGGAUUUCCUGAUAAGGAGAUCUGUGACGUUUCCACAAAGUUCACCAACGAACAUCUCCUGCGCUUCACUUCCACCAGCCGCAUCCUGCAGCAGCGUCAGACCAUCGAGCUGGUCCCUCUGACCCACGCCUUUUACUCGUACAAUGGGAAGGACUACAGCUUCUUCGUGUACGGGACGGAGAACAAGGUGUUUACGUCCAAAUAUCCAACUACCUGCACUCUUUUCUGAGCUCUGCGUGCUAUCAUCAUGUAUGUUCCUACAUGUCUCCUGACUACAUGAAGGUUGAUCUAAUCAACGUAAACAAUUAUAUAUCCGUAUGCUGUAUUUAAGGUAUAUUAAGCUAAACAGGAACUAUCAUAUGAUUUCUGAAUUUUAAUGAUAAUUAUUGAAUCAUCAGUUUAAAUGCAGCUAAACAAUUUUUAUGUUUUUAGUGUAAAUUUAUUAUAUGUUUAGAAAAACUUUUAUAACGUAUCAUCCUUCAAUCAUUUCUAGGGAUGUAACAUCAAUACACAUCCAUAUAUUAAAUUAUUUAAUUACAUCGAGGCAAAAGGAAAAAAUCCAUCCGUAUCAACACAAUCAUUUAUGUUAGAUGAAUAUACUGUAUCUCGCAUUAUAUCAAUCACUGACUUGUGAAGUGAAUAAACUCGUAUUGUGACACUGUGAUAAAGAAAUAUCAUUUCGUCCAAACAAACUGAUAUAUCAUAUCAUCAUCUGAACAAACCGAUUUAUCGUCAUAUCGUCAUCUGAACAGAUACAUUGUAUCAUCACCUGAACAAACCAAUUUAUCGUCAUAUGAAAAAACCGAUUUAUCGUCAUAUCGUCAUCUGAACUGAUGUAUUGUCAUAUCGUCAUCUGAACAAAUGAUAUAUCAUAUAGUCAUCUGAACAAACGAUAUAUCAUCAUAUCGUCAUCUGAACAAACUGAUGUAUCGUCAUAUCGUCAUCUGAACAAACGAUAUAUUGUCAUCUGAACAAACCGAUACAUCGUCAUAUCAACUUAACAAAACAAUAUAUCGUCAUAUCAUCUGAACAAACCGAUGUAUCGUGGUAUCAUUAUUUGAACAAACUGAUACAUCGUAUCGUCAUCUGAACAAACCGAUAUAUUGUCAAACUUCUGACUGAAACUUUUAACAUAAAAAACAUUUAUUUUCAGAAAGAUGUCUGGUUUUAUAACUUUAAUUAAAAAUCAAAUUACUGCACCUGAUUUAUGUUUACAUCUGCAGCUUUCAUUUGUAUCUCAGAGAAUAUUUAUUUACCACUUAAAACUUUUUAUAUUAAAGAAAUAUAUAUUUUAUUGUAAUAAAUUUUUACUGUUAUAUAAAUAAAAGUAUAAUUUUAACAGCACGUCGUUUCUUUUACUGUUUCAAUGUUUGCAUGAAGCCAGUUUGAAUAAAAAGCCCACAUUCUUUACAAAUCACAAUGUUUUAAUGUAAAAAAA